AUGCUCUCGCAGGUGGAAGUGGACGACAACGGGAGGAUCGUCGAUGCCCGUUUCAAAACCUUCGGCUGCGGGUCGGCGAUUGCGUCGAGUUCGCUGGCGACGGAGUGGGUCAAAGGGAAAACGGUUGACGAAGCGUUGAAAAUCAAGAACACGGAUAUCGCUAAAGAACUCUGCCUUCCUCCAGUCAAACUGCACUGCUCUAUGUUGGCUGAAGACGCAAUCAAGGCUGCCUUGGCUGAUUACAAGUUGAAGCAGGAUCCAAACAAAGAAGAGUCAGAGAAGAAAGCAAACAAUGCCUAAACUGACUGUAAAGCUUGUUCUCAUUCCACUUAAAUUUGCAGUGCAAUUAUUUUAGCUAUUAGUAGGAUCCUGCGCACUACUAAAUGAAGCUGUAAGAUACGCACAACUUACGCACAACGUGUCACUGUUCAUGUGUGUACAGCCACUCUUGUAGUGCUUACACCACCGGGAUGUGGGUAUUUCAGCAGCCUGUGUCCUGUCACCACUGUGUUUGAAAUGUUAGCGUGAAGAAGACUGCUCAACUGUAGAGAACUCAGCGGCUUCUCUCUAGAGAGAAAAUCCUGCUGUUCCAGUACUGGAAGGGCUGCACUUUUUUGGAAAAUGUAUAGUUU